AUGGAAGGAGCUAUGAAUAAUCAUAUAGCUCAAAUGAUAAGGGAUGAAUUGGCUGCAAACGUUCAAAGAGAAUUUGAAAAACGAGAUGGGAAAGGCAGAGACAAGAAAGACGGUGAUGGUGAAAAAGAAGUUGAAGUGUUAAGGGAAAAACUACAUAAGAAGAAAUUUACUUACAAAGAUUUUGAUAUGUGUCACCCACCCGUUUAUCACAGUGACCGUAAUCCCAUUAUUUGCACAAGAUGGGUAUCAGAAAUUGAGGGGGAUUUUCGCACCAGUCAAUGCCCUCCAAAUCUCAAGGUUGUGUUUGCUGUGAGUAUGCUCCGAGAUAGCGCAAAAAGGUGGUGGGACAACUUGUGGACGGUGAAGGGUGAAGCUACUAUGGCACUCGUAGAAUGGUCCGAGUUCAAAACCAUGUUCUACAAAGAGUUUAGAUCGGAAGCGGAGGUGACAAAGUUAAGGAGUGAAUUCCUUCACGAUUAUCAAGGAACUCUAAGUUUGACAAAAUUUCGCGCACAAUUCCUAGACAAGGCCCACUUUUUUCCAGAAUUUUUAGAGAAUGAUCAAAUGUUGAAGGAGCAAUUUUAUCUGAAGUUGAGAAAGAGUUUGAGAGAGAAAAUAAGUUUGCGCCAAAUGGAUUCCUUCUCCAUGUUGGUCGAUGUGGCUCGAGAUCAUGAGAUCGAGCAAUCUAGAGUUGAUGAAGGAGAACUAAAAAGAAAGCAUGAUGAAAGCAAUUCUCCUAACAAACGAUUCAAGCAAGAUGGUGGCUCCGGGAGCAACUUUACGAAAAGAAACAUCCCUUUCUGUCGACAAUGUAAAAAGAAUCAUUUCGGAAUGUGUAGGGCGACGGAAAAAGGGUGUUAUAAUUGUAGGAAACCGGGACACAUGAGCCGUGAUUGCAAGACUAAGCCUAACAAAUCCCUUUGGUGUUUCAAGAUGGGCAUGUGA